GGAUCUGGACCCGACUCAGACCAGACUCAGACCAGGGCUGAACCUCUGAAGGAUCAACAUGAGCCAGAGGAGUGGACUCAAGCUGUUACUACUGCUGCUCCUGAGCACCGUCCAGACAGGUUUGGCUCUGCGCUGUUACAAAUGCUCCGACUACACCGGCCGCUGUCAGAACGUCCAAGAGUGCACCUACGAAGACUCCUGCAUCUCCAUCAGCGAAAGAGGGGGUAAAACCAUCCGUCAGUGCCUGCGUUACACUGACUGUGAUAACUCGCGCCUGCAGCAGAUGUUUCCCUCCAUCAGCGGCUUCACCUAUCGCUGCUGCAGCUCCAACCUCUGCAACUCAGGCUCCACCUCGUCGUCCAGUGCUGGGCCCCUCUGUGUGCUCACCACCAGCCUCAUCGCCCUCUGCUGGGCGUGGAUCUGA